ACCUAUUUCUUCUUCUUCUUCCUCUCCCUUCGUUCCGUUUUUAGUUCUUUCGCAUAAAAGCAAAAGCCGCGACGUCCAGUCCCGUGGGACGAUUGUGUUUCUCACUUUUGAAGCACCACCCGGUCGUUCGUGUUUAAGGAGGAGGGGAAAUUAUUGAGUCGAAUUACCUGUCUUACCGACUUUCCCCCUCGCGGUGACCUCUCAAAAAUCAUGUCGGCCAGUCUAUAUGUCACGCCGUACAAUGGCACCACAGAUGGUGCCGACGCUGGGUAUACUACCGGCGUCACGGAUUUAAAUCAGUUCUACGAGAGCGGCGAUUUCGCAUGGAUUAUGACCUCGGCGGCGCUCGUCCUACUCAUGAUUCCCGGCGUUGGCUUCUUCUAUUCCGGCCUCGCUCGACGCAAAUCCGCGCUCUCGCUCAUCAUGCUAGCCAUGCUCUCCGUCGCCGUCGUCGAUUUCCAAUGGUUCUUCUGGGGUUACAGCUUAACCUUCUCGCAUACCGGCAGUAGCUUCAUCGGCGACCUUUCCAACUUCGGUCUUAUGAAGACUCUCGCGCAACCGUCCGUCGGUAGCACUAAGGUUCCCGAUUUGCUAUUUUGCUUGUACCAGGGCAUGUUCGCUGCUAUUACACCAGCACUCGCAAUCGGCGCAGCAGUAGACCGAGCUCGCGUCCUACCCUGCAUCGUCUUCAUCUUCGUAUGGGCCACCAUCGUAUACGACCCGAUCGCGUACUGGACAUGGAACGCCAACGGGUGGUCGUUCGUAAUGGGAGGACUCGACUUCGCCGGUGGUACCCCCGUCCACAUCUCUUCAGGUGCUGCCGCACUCGCCUUCUCCGUCAUGAUCGGUAAGCGUACCGGAUACGCUAAGUCCGCCGGUCUACCUUACCGUCCUCAUAACGUCACCCACAUCGUCCUCGGCACCGUAUUCCUCUGGGUCGGCUGGUUCGGCUUCAACGGCGGCUCCGCUCUUGCUGCUAACAUGCGCGCUGUUAUGGCAUGCAUCGUCACCCACCUCGCAGCCUCCGUCGGCGGAAUCACCUGGACUCUCCUCGACUACCGUCUCGAGAAGAAGUGGUCAGUCGUCGGUUUCUGUUCCGGCGCUAUCGCAGGUCUCGUCGCGAUCACUCCCGCGGCGGGUUUCGUUACACCUUGGGCUGCGGUCAUCUUUGGCAUUGUGGGCGGCAUCGGAUGCAACUUCGCAACAAAGCUAAAGUUCCUCAUGGGUGUCGAUGAGGCCCUUGAUAUCUUCGCUGUUCACGGUAUUGGUGGUAUUAUCGGCAACUUGUUGACCGGUCUUUUCGCAGCUGACUACAUCGCGGCGCUCGACGGCUUCACUUCUAUUCCCGGCGGUUGGAUCAACCACAACUACAUUCAACUAGGAUACCAAAUCGCGGAUUGUGUAGCGGGCUUCUCAUAUUCGUUUGUGCUAACGUGCAUAAUUCUAUUCGUAUUAAACCUAAUCCCGGGUCUGAGCUUGCGCGUGUCGGCCGGCAACGAAGAGCUCGGUGUCGACGACGACCAACUGGGAGAAUUCGCAUACGACUAUGUCGAGCUACAGCGUCACACAAGCGAUGUCCUCGCGGGCGCCCCGACUGAGGUCCCAGCUGCCGGUCGCGCAGGCUCGUCUAAGAGUAGCGAGGGCCCCGAGAAGAUAGUUUGAUCAGCAGGUCAAACUAGGUCAUCUUAAGUGAAUAUACAAACAUAUAGACGAUUUUCUAGGUGAUACGAGUUGUACGAAGAGGGUACCAGCAGAAAAAACGAUUUUGAAGGGGUGCCGUCGCUGUUCAUCCCGUGUGAUAUUAAAAUGGUGAACAUUGUUACAUAGCGUUUGCAAUUUUAUUUUCAAUAGCCAUAUAUAAGUACCUAGGUACUCCUACUAUAUUUAGAUAUUAUUUGGUGCCUAUAAUGUUCCUAUGUGUGCAUGGUACGACGCGCAAUAGGUAGACCAGGGAUAUUUCAUAGCUGUCCAAACAUGUUUCCGUCGAAGACUAGUCUAAGUGAUUGCCGUCUCCAAUAUCACCAGUUUACCCUUCACCACGCAACGAUACUCAGAAUCGUGGUUCUUAUACCCUGCAGUACCCGUUCAAUU